AUGGCCAUGGAGGGUGGGUGCUCUCGGGCUCCCUCGCAGCUGCUCCCUGUCCGGCCUCUGCAGCACCCUACCCGUGUGUGCCCUCAGGUGACCCACAGUCCGGAGAAUGUGCUGGACUUGCAGAAUUUCAGACUUCCAGACAUGAUCCCAGAGGAGUUAGCGGCCUUCUCCAGGAACAUGCUGCUUCUCCUGAAGAGGCUGCUACGUGAGCGAGACCAAUGCCAGGAGGAGCACCUCCAAGUGCAACAGCCGCCUAGUCCUUUCCAGGCCUCUAGCGCGGACUCAACAUCCAGCCUGACCAGCAGCCUCUCCAUGGAGGAGAAGCAGCACUUGGUCGAGGAGCUAGAGAACAGCAAGGCCAGACUGUGCCUCGUGAGCCAAGAGCUGCAGGAAGACAAGAUGGCGCACAGGGAGGCAGUGGAGCAGCUCGAAAAGCUCCUGAACACCCAGCGGGAGGCUCUCCAAGAACAGCAGAGGUCCAAUGCCAUCCUCACCAAUGAGAACCAGAAGCUGAGGGAAGAGCUGGACAGUUGCCAAAAGUGUGGCCUGAGACUCACAGGAACGUUGGCAUCAGGUUCAGCGUACACCGAUUCCGUCUUCCCUGUGACCAUAGAACAUACUGCGGACCAUGGGAAUUGA